CACACCGCCCGCAGCAGGCACUUUGAAUCUGACUUCCGGCUCUCACAAGUUUUUCAUAUUUUUGAUAGCUCGAUAACUAAAUCCCACUAAAUUUACGCCCCUCGCCCCACAUCCCGGUCAUGGAAAAACAAGCCAUGCCGCUUUUCAACUUCAAGAAACUGGCAAUUAGCAAAAAGCAGGAGGAAGAUCCGGUUCAUUCGGCAUCGGUUGAUAACAAGAAGGAUUUCGAUCAUUUGCUCGAUCAGCCGAUUGUUUACGAUUACAUGAACUAUCCUUCAAACAAGAAGAAGAACGCCAAGCUGAGCAAGUGCACAAAGGUCCAGAAGACCGUUUCCUUCAAUGCGAUGGUGGAGCUGGUGACCUUCACUGACAACUGGAAGAUGAAGAUUAUAAAGGGCAAGUUGCGCACAGAAGAGGAACAGCACAAGUCCUCCAUAAAGCGGCGUAACUUUUAAGGACUUUUGGGGAGAGUUGUUUAAAUAACCUAAAUUUAUGUUGAUUUUUGUUGUAACCAAUUAAUACAAGUUUUCAGUAAA